AUGCUUUGCCUCAUCUGCAUCCGCAGUGCUGACGAGCGGCUGGAGGAGCAACGUGAAGUGAUGGUUACGGUCGACUUCACCGGCCGUGUUUUCUGGAGUCCGCCGGCAAUCUUCAAGUCGACCUGUACCAUUGAUAUCCGCAACUUUCCCUUCGACUAUCAGAAUUGUCAUCUCCGAUUCGCCUCUUGGACGCACGACGGUCACCGAAUGGACCUGCAAUUCUUCAACAAUGAGACCACUGUGGACACCGAGGACUACACCGAAAGCAAUGAGUGGGAGAUCACUGCCAAACCUGCUCGCCGGUUCGUCAACAUGUACAAGAACUGCCCCAAGCCCUAUCCGGUGUUGACCUUCUUCCUCUUGUAA